AUGGCAUCGCCACCCAAGCCCUGGGAGCGACCCGGCCAGGCGCCCUCCGUCUCCAUCGGCGCGUCGCCUGCGCCUUCGCCUUCGGUCGCUCCCACAGCCGCGACACCAUCCUCCUCCGCCGCGCCUCCCAUCCCUGAACUUCCUGCCUCGCUCGCCUCCUCCGUCAACCAGAACGCCGCCGCCUACAGCAGGGUUGGCGUCGGUGCCUCCCCCUACGGUUCCUAUGGCGGCGCGUACUCGUCCCCUUACUCGAGCCCCUACUCUCGUCUCGGCGGCAUGGGAGGGUAUGGGGGCGGCAUGUACGGCGGCGGCAUGGGUGGUGGCAUGUACGGCGGCAUGGGAGGAUACGGCGGCGGCAUGUACGGCGGCAUGUACGGCGGCAUGGGGGGCAUGCCCGGAAACGACCCCAACAGCCUGACGAACCGCUUCAACAACAGCACGGCCGCCACCUUCCAGAUGCUCGAGGGCAUCGUCACCGCCUUUGGCGGGUUUGCCCAGAUGCUCGAGAGCACGUACAUGGCGACGCAUUCCAGCUUCUUCGCCAUGAUCUCUGUCGCCGAACAGUUUGGCAACUUGCGCGACACGCUCGGCUCCAUCCUCGGCAUCUUCACCCUCAUCCGCUGGAUUCGAACGCUCAUCGCGAAAAUCACCGGUCGCCCGCCCCCGGCCGAUGCCAUGGCCCUGACGCCCGCCGCCUUUGCCCGCUUUGAGGGCCGCACAGGUCCCGACGGCACGCCGGGACCUCCGAAAGCCAGCCGCAAGCCUCUUCUCUUCUUCGUCGCCGCCGCCUUCGGCCUUCCCUACCUCAUGUCCAAGAUCAUCCGCAGCCUCGCCGCCUCCCACGAGGAGGAGGAGAGGCGCCUCCAGCAGCUGGCCCUCGAGUCGCAGCAACCCAUCGACCCCGCCCAGCUCGAGUUCUGCCGUCUGCUCUUCGACUUCCUCCCCCAGAAGGCGAACAACGCGGAGAUGGGCAUGGAGCUGGAAGCCCGCAAGGGCGAUCUCGUCGCCGUCCUGAGCAAGAACGACCCCGCCGGCCAACCAAGCGAAUGGUGGCAGUGCCGCUCGCGAGACGGCCGCCAGGGCUAUCUUCCUUCCACCUAUCUCGAGGUGCUGAAGCGUCCAGGUCAGGAAGUCAAGGCCAUCAAAGCGCCGGCGACGGUGAGCGAGGCCAGCUACGCCAGCUCGACGACGAGCACCGUCGAGAAGCCCGAGGACGGCAAGAAGGAGUACGUCAGCGCCGAUGGCAUGCAGCGGAGUCACUUUUACUCAUGA